AUGGGUUUUCACCUUGGAGUAAAUAAACUGAGGGACGCAGAAAGAAGACUUGUUCCAGCUCCCGAUGACAAUUCAGCUAGAAGCUCAAGAUCGAAGAUCCAAAGUGUUCCAAGAAUUCUCCGAAGUCACAGUAAUUUGGAUAAAUGCUUCGAGCCAAGAGUAUUAGCAAUGGGUCCUAUCCAUCAUGAUAAGUGCAUUGAAGCAGAGAAACUCAAAUACACAUUGGCAGCAGACUUUGUCAAGGAUUUUGGCUGCACCUACGACCAGUUGUACAAGCAGAUUUUGGACCGCAUCGCUGAAAUAAAGGACUUUUACAAUAACGAAGCAACAAAGUGCUACGAUGAUGAUGAGACACUCGCCUGGAUGUUGUUCAUAGAUGCAUGUUCAACCUUGCAAUUCAUGCACAAAAUUGACCGCUUGGAAGAGUUUGGGAUGAACAGAACCCAAGCUGCCUUUGCGCAGCUCGACUUGUUCCUGCUAGAGAACCAACUCCCUUAUCAACUCCUCGAGCUGUUGAUGAGCUCAAACCCAAAAAAAGGCAGCUGUUCAGAAAUUAUUGCAGCAGAAAUGCCACUGGACAUGCAAUUGAAGUUGAAUAAUAAUAACGCGCGUGCCAUAAGGGCAGCCUAUUUAUUUAAAGAAGCAGGAAACACUCAUCUUCCUUCUCAUAUUCCUCGGCCCACUUAUCAUCUUCCUGAUUAUGGUCACCCCACUUAUCAUCUUCUUGAUUUUCUUCGGGAAAGAAUGCUAGGUCCACCACCAAAGGUUCCCAAUGCUGAUCAUCGCAAAGAAGACAAUUCACCAUCUUUUCGCAAUGCACAGGAGCUUAAGGCAGCAGGGGUUCAUUUUAGGCGCAGCAAAACUAGCUCCUUGUGGGACAUAUCUUUUACUUCUCUAGGCCUUGUUGGAUUUCUUAAUCUUCCUCCAAUUAACGAAGACGCAAUGUCUUUGUUCUUGAAUUUGAUAGCCUACGAAAUGUGUCCUGAUUUCCUAAAUAAUUUUGGUGUCACCUCUUACUUCAGCUUCCUUAGUUCACUCAUUGCUCAUCCUGACGAUGCUAAGCAGCUACGGUCAGCCCACAUACUUUGCAACUUGCGUGGGAGCGACCAAGCCCUCGCCGACCUCUUUCAUGAGAUAGGCCCUGAUUUGGUUCUUGCCCAUCCCAUGUACAGCUCUAUCAAUGCCAAAUUAGAAAAACACUACAAGACCAAGUGGAAGGCAUGGAUGGCUCAAUUUUUCGAAGAUCAUUUCAGUAGCCCCUGGGUCAUGCUUGCUUUCACUGGAGCUCUAACAGCGCUUGUCUUAAGCGGCAUCCAGACUAGGUACACAGUCUGCAGUUUUUAUCAGAAAUAG